GCUCGAAAAACCCUAGUGCAUACCCCAACACCGCCCGCACCCCUUCCCCUCCCCGCCGGGUCCUCCCCUUGCGUCUACCCGCCAUCUCUCUCCCUCUCGAGGUUCGAAGACCGGGCUCGUCCAAAUCCUCCUUUCCUCCUCUCUUCGAUCUCGAGCUCGGAAAAAUGGCGUGCUCCGAUCCAGUCUCCUCGGAAACCUCCAAGAAUGGCAAGAGAAAACGACCCCAGACCCAUCCACUAGGACCCCAAGAACAAGAAGGAGAAGGGAGUCGCGACCAAAAGAAGAAGGCCAAGCUUAAUGGAGUCUGGGCAAACCUCGACCUCAUCCUCUCCCUCCAGAGCAAAGAUCUCCCCCUCCAAAGAAAGGUCGAGCUAGCUUUUGAUUUUGUGAGAUCGAGAGGUGAUUUCAGUGGUCGAGGGCCGGAGCCGGUCGGAGUCUCGCGUUUGGCAUCCUUUCUAAGUGAUUGGAUACAGCCCGUCUUGAUAUCUUGUGAUAAUAGUAAGAAAAGCUCGGAACUUUUCGAUCCUUGUUUGAACUAUAGAAGUUGGUUUAUUCUGAAGUUCUGUAUAGAGAAGUCAUCAGUUGUUAUUUCCCCGAAUCUACUUCGAGCUAUUACUCGUACCUCAAGGCAUGCAUUACUGGUAAUCAAUGGUGAUGGUAUGUCGGAUGAGGAAGAGUCUGGUAUAUUCUUUCAGCAGGUUUUGGAGUGCCUCUCUUUGCUUUUCGAAUCCAAUGGCAGAGCCUUCUAUAAUGCUGGUGCAGAAUUAUGGGUUUCAUGCGCUGUGGAGGUUGUUAAUCUUGUCCGCAGGGCUUCAGCAAAUGAAGAGCAUGGCUCUUCCCAUGCUGAAGUCCUCUUAAGCAUUACCAGUCUUCUACUUGAACACUUUUCUAGGUUUCUGAGAUUUCAUCCGAAUCCAAGAAAUGUCUUUCGUGUCUUUGUAGAUAGACUCCUUGACCUGCUGUUGGACUUGUUGGUAUUACUGCACUUACGACUUGGUGGCAGCAAAGGUCGACAAGUUGGAAGCUUGUUGAGGAUGGUUGAAGAUGUCUUGUCAAAUGGGCUGUUUCAUCCUAUCCAUAUUAGCGGAUUUUUAAGUUUGAAGAGCUCAAGCACAAAGCAUGAUGCCAGGGAACUGAAGGGGAUCAAUGAGAGCUAUCACAGACAUUUCUUUCAGAGACUAGAGAAGAUCAUAGCAGAGAAGAAGGCAGUGUUGCUCGGUGGUUUUGGACACCUCUUUCGUUUAUUUGUCAUCAGACUUAAGAAUCAUAAAGGAGCUUCAUUGGCAUCGAAAGGUGACCAUUCUUCAGGGACAGGUGGCGAGAUCUCUGAAGAAGCUCAGGAAACUAAUAAGCCACUCUUUGAAGUAUUUGUGCAUUUUAUGGAACCCCUGUUGCUAGAAUGCAAAAGGUGCACCCAACUGGAAUUCUUGGAACUGGGAGAAGCGUUAGAGCUCAGAUUGGUAGAAACUCAUUGCAUGCUCAAGUCCGUCAAUGAAACUCUUGCAAGUUUUAUUCAAGAGAAGAUUUAUGUACGUACAAAGGAUACAUCUGAAGGAACCCAUUAUAAAUUCUUGAAAGAGGUCUAUGACACAAUUAUUUCCAUUUCAAGCAAAAUUUAUCUGUUUUGGUUAUCGGCUUUGCAUAAGGAUGAUGCAAGAGUCAAAAAGGUGCUGCCUCUGAUAGCGAGUGAGGUUUUUGUUGCGGUGGAGUAUUUUCUGGAAAUUGAGUAUAGGGCUGUUGGGGAUGACCUAAUAAAAUUGUGGCUCAUGACGUUCUCAUACUUGGCUGUCCAUUUAUCUGUAGUGGAUACAAAGCCGCUUUCUUUGUUAGUUUCGGAGAUUUUAAACCUUGGGUGUCAAGUAAUUAAUGUCUUCAGUGAGCUUCGCCAGGUAAGUAGUCCCAUUUUUGCACUGUGUAAAGCUGUGAGACUCUUCAGAGUUGCUGGUGAUGCUGGUUCAGCAGGUCAUUCUAUAUUUGUUGCUUCUUUGCCUUUAUCCUCUCAAGCGUGUCAAAAAUCACUGGCAACUUUGUUAUGUUCACAAGCAUUUCGACUUGCCAUUUCUAAUGCUAUCAAGUUAAUACCAGAACGACAAGUCAGUGGGUGCUUACAGCAACUGAAUGUAGAUCUUGCAGAUUCACUGGAAUGGAUGAGACAUAGUUCCUUAGGGGAUGAUGUUCUGAAUCCGGGAAAAGCGAACACCUUAAAUAGCAGCAUACUGGAUAUAGAUCUGCAAGCUGAACUUCUUGGAAAAGUUCUGUCGGAAGUAUACACGAUUGUGUUGGAUUCCUUAACUGUCACAGCAACAAAUAGUAUUUUAAUAGGAAAAUCAGUUGAGAACUUGAUGAAAUCAAUAAGACCAAGCUUCAGUCAGUUGGUGCAAAAUCAAUCAAAUGGUGUUAACAAACUCCUUUUUUCUCUUAUAGGCACAGAUUUAUCCAAAUAUGAAUGUGAAAGUGGACUGUGUGCAACACCAUUUAGUAUGUCCUGGGUAUUUAUUUUAUUCUUCCGGAUGUACAUAGCCUGCAGAAGCCUAUACCGACAAUCAAUCAGCCUCAUGCCACCUAAUUCAUCAAGAAAGGCAUCAGAAGAAAUGGGGUAUUUGUUUACUGUUUGUUGUGGAAUAGAAUGGACUGAGAAGCCUAAGCAUAUGGAUGAAGGCUAUUUCUCCUGGGUACUUAAACCUUCCAUUUCCCUUUUGGAUGUCAUCCAGACUCUUUCAGAAGUUUUUCUGUCAAGCAGUUCGGCAGGCUCUGGACCCCUUGUUUAUGUAUUGCAUGUAAUGGCUAUCCAGAGGCUUAAUGAUUUGAACAGAAAUAUUAAAGCUUUUCAGUUCUUGCAAGAACGGGAUGAACGUUUAGUACAUAUGCAGCUGCCUCGAAGUCCUCAUGGACACAAGUCAAGCAAAAAGUGGAAGCGACUCGCCACUGCUUCCAGGCAGGAGGCAGCUGGGCUGACCGCUUUCAUAACUGGAUACCUACCAAUGCUAGCCUCAGAGGAAAAAUGUAUAUACAGCCAGAGUGAUGAAACUGGUAAGACUGAAACACUAUUGUUUUCCUAUGAAGAUGCCUGGGAUAUGGGUGUUUGCUCAUUGAAUGAGAAUACCCUCCCAAUUGCAAUUUGGUGGCUUCUUUGCCAAAAUAUUGAUAUUUGGUGCACUCAUGCUACUAAUAAGGAUCUGAAGGAAUUUUUGUCUCAAUUAAUACAUUCUUCUUUGCCAUCUGGAAGCUACUACAGUGAUGUCAGAGAGCAGAGCACAUGUGAACCUCUCUGCAAGAAAGUUACUGCACGCAAUAUUUCACUGGGAAUUCUCAACGAUACUCUUCUAUAUGACCAAACAGUUGUAUCCAAGCAUUUUCCAUCAAGAUUUUGCCGUAUUAUGAAGAAAGCACUUUCUCCUAUAAUGAGACACAGCUGGGCAAAUGAUAUUGAUCUGAGUUCCUUGCCAGAUUGGUCAGAGAUCUUGAAGAUGCUAGAUCCAAAGCCAAGGGUCAAUAUGGUUGAUGGGCAUGCUUUGCAUGGUCAUUCUUCAAACAUGUCUUAUAACCUUUGUGGUGGCGAGAAACAAUCAUUUUCUUCCCCCAGUGUGGAACUCAAAACCUGUGAAAAUUUGCUUAAUCUCUUCUGUAAAAUGCCUGGAAUUCACGUAAAUGCUAAAACUUUCUCACUUUAUGCAAGUUACAUACUCAAUCUUGAAAGGCUAGUGGUUUCAAGCUUGUUAAGCUACUGUGGUGAAUCUGUUAUCUGCAGCCCAUAUGAGCUUUUCAAAUUAUUUAUAUCCUGCAGAAGGGCCAUGAAAUAUUUGGUUAUGGCAUCAGUUGAAGGGAAUUCAGAAGCCAGGCAAUCCUUGUAUUUAUGCACUUUAUUUAACUGCCCAUCUUCUAUUUUGUGGCUUUUGAAGUCAGUCUAUGAAAUAGGUGGAUUGCCAAAAACCUUUUUCGGAGAGAACUAUUCUAAUCAGGUGGAAAAUAUGAUUUUUUCAUUAAUAGAUCAUACUUGUUACCUUUUUCUGACAAUAAGCAAAGAACAGAUGAAUUCUGCAAUAUCCUCCUUAAUAAAUAAUGAAAAGCUCCCCAUGAACCUGCCAGUGCAUGAUGUGCCUGGUGGAAAGGAUAGUCUAAAUGAAGGUGAUGAGUACUCUGUCACUUCUGAUUAUAUUGAAACAUGGAAAAGCAUAGAACUUAUGGCUGACAUCUUGAUGGAUCAGACGAAAAAUUUACCUGUAACUUUGGAAAGUGGUAUAUAUGCGAUCAAACCAGAAGCUUGCUUCAGUAUUUUGAGCUGGAAUAAGUUAUCAUCUAUCGUAUCUUGCUCCCAGAGUUUUUUAUGGGGCCUGGCAUCAGCCUUAGAUAGCUCAUACAAGGACUGCUCCAAGGGAAAACCACAGUCAUUGACAUUGAUGCCUUGGUGUGUAUCUAAACUCAGCAGUUACAUUUCUGUAUUUGAGAAUUUUGUAAACUUGUGCCUGAAUAUAUUGCUUGUGGAUAACAGAAAAGGGAUAGAUUUCCUCAAACAUCUUCCCGAGUGGAAUUGUGAUAAUGGUUUCUUAAGCUUGGAUGUGCUUGUGGGAAGUGCUGCUAAAUGUUCAUGUUGUGAAGUUGAAAUUUUUGCUGAAAAUCAUCUCAAGACACAUAAGCAAAGUGAAAGGCCCGAGUCCUCUGCAUCUGGUUAUGAUCAUGACAGUAAAAACCCUUCAGACUACGAGCAUACGAAGGGUUCAAGAUCAUUGGAGCAAAUACCAUUAUCUGCGCAUGCAAAUCAUGUAGCCAAUGCUUUUAAUGGCAUUCAUGCAAUUGAUUUAUCUAAUCUCCAACAUUUGAACAAACCUCUAUUACAUAACCUGUUGAAAGGUGAAAGCCGUCAGAUAGCAUUUACACUCAGUCAUCUUUUUAAUGCAUCUGCAGCUAUUCUCAAGUUGAAAUGCAUGUUACCAUUUUCUACAUAUUUGGCUUCACAAUUUAACUGUAGUCACCUGGCAUCAAAACCAAUGGCUAUUCUUAUUGGAACUUCUCAUAUUGUUUUACGGGGAGUAGCAGAAAUGGUUGACAUGCCAGAUCCCUUUAUUUUUAUUUGGGUUGAUGGCAUAGUAAAAUAUCUUGAAGUUGUUGGGAAUUAUUUUAGUUUAGCUGAUCCUACCUUGUCUAACAAUGUGUUUGCUCAGAUAAUACAUUCUCAUUUGAGGGCUAUAGGGAGAUGUAUUUCCUUCCAAGGGAAGGCUGCAACUCUGUCUUCUCAUGAGACAGGAUCAAACACAAAGAUGCUCCAGUCUCAGAAAGAAUCAAGUGGGAGUGAUAUGCAAUUUCUUGAUCAUGGACAAUGCAGCAUAGAUGCAUUUAAAGCUAGACUUAGGAUGUCAUUUAGAAAAUUUAUUAGCACACCUCUGACAUUGCAUCUGAAGGCAGCUGUACAAGCAAUAGAAAGAGCAUUGGUUGGGGUGCAGGAAGGUCACAAUGCGGUCUAUGAAAUAAAUACUGGCAAUGUAAAUGGAGGAAAGGUAUCCUCAGUUGUUGCAGCUGGGAUUGACUGCUUGGAUUUGGUUCUCGAAUCUAUCUCAGGACACAAGCGUGUUAUGAAGAAAAACAUCCCAAAUCUAAUUGGCGCUUUAUUCAAUAUAAUUUUGCACCUCCAGGGCCCAACAAUUUUUUAUGCGGGGAAGCUAGUGUAUAAUAAAAGUGAUGUCAAUCCAGAUGCAGGGUCAGUCAUUCUUAUGUGUGUUGAGGUUCUUACAACUGUUGCUAGAAGGUCCUCUUUUCAAAUGAAUUCAUGUCUUGCAAGCCAGUGCUUGCAUGUACCAAUGGUACUUUUCAAAGACUUCCAUCACCUUAGAGCUUCUCAUGUCAAAUGUCAUCCUUUCAUAUCCAAUAACCAGGAAGAAACAUCAUUAACAGAUGCGCAUCACUGUGUGGUUGAUCGGCAGUUCUCCAUUGAUUUAUAUGCUUCAUGCUGCAUGUUAUUAUGUACCACUCUGAAGCACCAGAAACGUGAGGUUGAACGAUGCAUUGGUCUUCUCGAAGAUUCAGUAAACACUCUUCUUAAUUGUUUGGAGACUGUGGAUGCUAAGUUAGUCAGUGGAAAGGGUUAUUUUACUUGGGAGCUGCAGGAAGCAAUAAAAUGUGGCAGCUUUCUCCAGAGGAUCUAUGAAGAGAUAAGACACCAGAAGGAUGCCCUUGGAAGGUACUCCUACUACUUUCUAUCCAGUUACAUAAGUAUCUAUUCAGGAUAUGGCCCCCAUCGAACAGGCAUUAGAAGAGAGAUUGAUGAAGCAUUGAGACCAGGUGUAUAUUCUUUAGUUGAUGUAUGCACACCAGCUGAUCUUCAACAACUUCACACUGUACUGGGUGAGGGCCCAUGCAGAAGUACUCUUGCAACUUUGCUACAUGACUAUCGACUGAAUUUCCAGUAUGAAGGGAAAAUCUGAUGUUAUAGUUACCGUAUACCUGAGAAUUGAUAGUACAAUAUCAUUCUUUAGGCCUAUGUGCCUUGACCAAACCUUUCAGGUGAAGCACAUAGAUCAUCACUGAGCAUUACCAGAAUGGCAUGCCACUGACCUUUUGACCGAGCCUAAGACCGUCUGGUUUGUUGCAAAGCUAAUUUGUCUUCUCUGCGUGCCUGCUGGAUUUUCGAUAAAUUCAAGAGAUAUGACUUCCAGUGCCUUCACAUUAUGCAUUUCUGCAGCAGGACAUGACUGCAACAGAUGACCAACAAAAGGGGAAAAUGAUUCUGAUGGUAAGAAGCAGUGGAAUGCAGUAUUUGAAUUGCCAAGUUUGAAAGCCUACUCCAUGCCCUAUAUCAGUUUCUAAACCCUGGAAUAAAUGGACUUUUCUCCUACCAUGAUCUACCAGUCCUAUUGUCGAAGGAGUUGGGCAUUAGCACUGGUUUCAUAUGCACAUACGAUUGGAUAUAUUUGACUUUUUGAAUGUGAUGUAAUAAUAUUCAUAUGUCCAAGUUUGACAGCCUACUUCAUACCCUGUAUGAGUUUGUAAACCCUGGAAUACAUGUACUUUUUGCCUGCGGUGAUCUACCAGUCUCCAUUUUCAAGGACUUGCGCAUUAACACCAGUAUCAUUUGCACAAUUGGAGAUAUUUACCUUAGUGAAUGUUUCCAAAUCAUCGGGAUAUCAGAUUCGGCCGCCUUCUGUUAUAUGUUAUAUCUCCAUCCGGCUCAGUCGAAGAUUUUCAAAUACUACUUAUUGAUGUUCAUCCAUCGUUGUUGGAUCAGAGUCUAGUCAGUUUUGGUUCAAUUCAAUUGUUGCUGAUUAUACUGAGUGCAGUGAUAGGAGAAUUUUAGAAACAUGAUGUAUAUUGGAUGAUGUUCCCUCAUGUUUGUUUAUUUAAGCAUAUAUAUUUUUUGGCCAAACAGCUCAUGCCCUAUGAUGUAUCAAAAUCCAUGCACUGUUGGAGUAGUACAUUAUUGCCUCACCAGAAAGAACUGAAUUUUGUUUCAUGUUUCA